AUGGAAGAAAUCACAGAAUUCCCCGCUGUUCUCGUAAACUUAUCAACUGGAGAAAACGUGGCCGAAUUUCAUGAAUUCGUUCGCCCAACAGAACAUCCAGAACUCACGGAUUUCUGCAAGAAACUCACACAUUUGGAAAAAAAAGAUUUGUCAGUUGAAAAGUCGCUGCAAGAAGUAAUGGUAGACUUUGCUCUUUGGGCAAGAGAUGUUCAAAGGGAACAUGAUUUGUAUUUCUACACACCGAAAGAUGUAAAAGUAAACAAAGAUUCUACGAAAAGAAUCUGCUGUAUCUGCACCUGGACAGACUGGGACAUUUCAACUCAACUUUUAAACGAAACGAAACGCAAAAAGAUCGAAAUUCCUGAAAUCCUCAAAUCUUGGGUCGAUCUGCGUUCUGUUUCCCGAGUCUACUUACAAUCAGUAAAGAAGAAAAUGGGGCAUAUUCCCGUGCUUCGAAAGCUCUUCAAAGUUUUGAAAAUGGACUGGGAAGGAAAGCAUCAUUCGGGAAUCGACGAUGCUAGAAAUACGGCGAGGUUGACGGUCAAAAUGGCCGCGAAUUUGAAGAUAACGCGAACCCUUGGAGUUGUUGGGAGAAUCGCUGGAGAUCCGUAUAGAUUCUAA